CGAAUUUGAUGAUAGAACCAUGUUGGAAGGUAGGAGUAGUCGAAAAAACUGGUGCUGACAAUACAUCAAUAACAUCAGCACUUUUUCGCUUAGUUGACCAAGGCAUGCACGGAGAAAUAAUAAUUGAUGGCUUAGAUAUAAAGAGUGUUGGUCUCCAGGAUUUACGAUCGAACAUAUCGAUUAUUCCAAAAAAUCCUUUUUUAUUUACUGGGACACUAAGAUUUAAUCUUGACCCUUUUCAAGAAUAUACCGAUAAAGCAAUAUGGGAUGUAUUAGGAGAAGUUGAAUUGAAUGGUAUCACACUCAAUCAGUGGGUUACUGACGGAGGAAGAAAUUUCAGCAUUAAUGACCGUAAACUUAUUUGUUUUGCCCGAGAAUUGUUACGGAGUAAUCGGAUUCUUGUUCUUGAUCAAAUCACCGAUGGUCUCGAUUUAAACACAAAAAUUAUAAUCCAGAGAGUACUUCAGUCAUAUUUCAAGUAUUGCACAAUAAUAACUAUAACAAACCAUCUCGAAUCUCUGAUAAGUGGUGACUUGAUUCUUGUAAUGGAUAAUGGACAAUUAUUGGAAUUUGGAAGUCCGUAUGAAUUAUUAAUAAUGCGGAUCAAUAGUCAUUUUGGUCAAAUGAUUAAAAAGUAUAAUCAAACAAUGGUUGAAUGCAUUAUUCAAGAUGUUAUAAAAUAUCACGCUCAACAAAGAAGAUAUAAUUCACGGAAGAAAUAAUUAUUGAGGACUAAACGAAUUUUUAUG